AUGAUGGCGGCAAAUGAUCAAUGGCUCUACCGUGGAGAAGGGAAUAUAAAUAUAGUUCUCGCUGAUACAAAGGAAAAGAAUGUCUAUCGUUUUGUAAAAACUAAAAUCAAACCAGAAAAAUAUCUUGAAGAUAAUAAUGUCAGAGCUGAUGAAAUUCGGUUUAAAUUACAAAAAAUUGUUGAUUAUGUGAAAGAAGUCAUGAAGCCUUUAUUGUCCUCAUCAUAUGUCAUUGCCCCAUUGCUUGAAGAAAUCCCUUCUGGUUUUGCUGAGACACUUAAUGAAGCAGUAAAGGAAGCCAGACCUGCACACCGUAAAGGCAAAGAUAUUGAUUUUGCAGCCCGAUCAGCAUUAGUAUUGCCAGAUUUUUGCUAUGUAUUCAAGCCCAACUGCCUUUCUAUUCCCCAAUCUCUCUUAUCUGUUCGAUGUCAAUCUACAAUCAGUAUUGAAAUUAAACCCAAAACUGGAUUUUUGCCAACUUCCAAGCACAUAAAACACCCAAUUAAGUUAAAAGUCUGCAAAUUUUGUAUGAGUUCUCGGUUAAAGGGCAAACGUAUGUGGUUAAAGCCGAGUAGUUAUUGUCCUCUUGAUCUUUUCUCAGGAAAACGGUCUCGUGUACGUCAUGCAAUUCAUGCACUCCUUGAUACACCACAGAAUAAUUUAAAAAUAUGUAAGGAUGGAGAAGAAGUUUAUAGUGAAUAUGUAAAAGAAGAUCUUAUAAAAGUGUUGGAAAAUUUUUUGGGUAAACAAGCACAUACAGAUGAAAAUGCAAAUAAGAAAAACAGUAUAGAUGUAUUCAUUGACCUUGUGGUGGAUGCUUUGCACUGCCCAAUGAACUCUUGGUCACCUGUACAAAAUGGGCCCAACAAAGGGCGGGAUCAGAACCAACACUGUUCAAAUAGUAGCUAUGUUGAAACUACAAAAAAUGAGAAAUUUAAUUUUCCCUCUGGUUGUAUCCUUGAAAAAAUUCUCUCUGUCCAAUAUUUAGACGAUUUGGAUAUUGAAGGAAUUUACCCUCUUUAUGAACAAUUACAAAAUCACUUCCUGAAAUGUCCACAAGAUAGGCAGAAAUUUUGCAUGGAUGGUCCUUACAAGGGAGAUGCUUGGUGUGUUGUGUCCAAUAACAAUAAUAUUGAAUCUGCAAAUAAGAAUGACAUACUUUAUGCCAUGAUCAAGGUCAAACAAUUUCUUGUUGCACAAACUGUAAAAGACUGUUCAAUAAUUUUGGCUAUGCAAAGACAAGAUGAGAGACCUGAGAAAUCAGCUGAGCCUUACUUGGUUGAUAGUUUUGGCCAUUAUUACAAGCACUCAUUGGCUAUCAUUGAUCUGGACCCAAAACCUUUUGACAAAAUUCCGCUUUAUCAAAAACAUGAUGCUGCAAUGAUCAGUACAUGUCAAAAAUUACAGUUCCCUGCUUCUUAA